AUGGCAGCCCCAACACCACUCUGGCUAGACUGCGACACAGGUCACGAUGAUGCUUUCGCACUUCUCCUAGCUGCGCAACACCCCAAUCUCAAUCUUCUAGGAGUUAGCACAGUCUUUGGAAAUGCCCCUCUGACGAACACAACCUACAACACCCGUGCCAUCCUCACCGCCAUCAACCGCGAAGACGUCCACGUCUACCCGGGAGCGGCUCGGCCUUUCUGCAGAGCGCCAGCAGCAGCUGCCGAUAUUCAUGGCGAAUCUGGUCUCGAUGGCACCACUUGCCUGCCAACUCCAACUGUUCCCGAGAGGACAGAAACAACAGCUGUAGAGGCAAUGUACGCCGCUCUAAUCGCUCAACCUAAAGGAACCGCAUGGCUAGUCGCAACAGGUUGCUUGACAAACGCAGCGCUCCUAUUCGCCACUCACCCAGACCUCGCAUCUCACAUUGCCGGCCUCUCUAUAAUGGGCGGAGCAAUCGGUGGGAACUUCAGCGACGCACCCAUGGGCUCUGUUGCAGGCGAAGGCGAACGUUUCGGGAACUGGACGCCUUGGGCGGAAUUCAACAUCUAUAUUGAUCCUGAAAGUGCCGCUGCAGUAUUCUCAAACAUGGAGUUAGCAGCAAAAACGACUUUGAUCCCGCUGGAUCUAACUCAUCAGUUCCUCGGCACGAAAUCCAUCCAAGAAGCCCUUCUUUACGGAUUUGACAGCAACGCGUCACAAGGCGAGCCGACGACGGUGCGACGUCUCUUUGUGGAGAUCCUCACUUUCUUCGCAAAGACAUAUGCGGAUGUGUUUGGACUUGUAGACGGGCCACCGACGCACGAUCCUUUGGCCGUUGCGGCCAUCUUCCCUCCAGGACUCUUCUCGUCUGACAUCUUCGAUGACAGAGACGGUGAGAGAUAUGGGGUUACUAUUGUCACGGAUGGGCAUCAUGGAUCUUCGGAUCACAUACGAUCAGGACCAUCACAGUGCGGCAGGACCAUCGCUGAACUUCUGCCAUCUGGUACUGCGGGCGUGAGAAUACCAAGGGGUCUGAAUGCUGAUGGCAUGUGGCGGAUCUUGGAAGAGUGUCUUGGUCGGGUUGAUGGAAAGACAGCUUAG